AAGAAGAAACUUACUUCCAUGAAAUUCGAAGAAUGUAGAACAGAGCACCAAAGAUCUCUUAUCCGCGCGGGAAGAGGGGUUUCUUUCAGUUUCCAUUCUUUAUCGAAAUCCAAAAGGGUCCCCCAAACUAGCCAUGGGUUUGCAUCCACUACCUUUCCUACCUAUUUUUCUCCUCCUCCGAUUGAUAAUCGCCGGCAGCAGCAACUCACCUGUUCAUCACUACGAUUCACAGCAUGCUAUCGCCGUCAACUGCGGCUCCCCCCGCAACUCCACCGCAUUUAACGGCAGACAGUGGGUUGGAGAAACAGAUUCUACUACAAUCAUUUUUCAUGGACCUGGAAGUAAAUCAGUCAGUCCUUACUCCAUUGACAACCUCCUCGAUCCCACUCCUUAUAUUACAGCUCGAGCUUCUCGGUCAUCCUUCAGCUACACCUUCCAAGUCGGCUCAGGCUACAAAUUCAUCCGCCUUCACUUCUACCCAGUUCCAUACUCUGGUUUCAAGACGUCCACAUCCUUCAUAACCGUAAAAUCAGGUCCCUAUACACUCCUCAACAAUUUCAGUGCUUUCCUAACAGCAGAUUCUCUCGGCCUGAAAUCCAUUGUAAAAGAAUUCACCCUUUAUGUCCCUCACGACGAGCCCUUAUCAAUUACUUUCUCCCCUUCAAGAGCAAUCCCAUCUGAUGAGACAUUUGCAUUUGUAAAUGGAAUUGAAGUCAUUCCCAUGCCGUUUGGUCUCUACUACACCAAGGAGGGAGAUGGAGGGGCUUAUGAUGUAGGGCAGAAUUACCGACUUCCCAUCGGUAAAACCAUUGCAAUGGAGAUGGCCCAUCGGUUAAACGUUGGAGGCGGCUCACUUACAUCUGCACAUGACACAAGUAUGUUCAGGGAGUGGACUGAUGACUCAAACCAACUGAUAGAAUCAAGUGUUUUUUCCAUCACGUCAUCAAAUCGGAUCAAGUACACCGAGACAUCAAAAAAUGGUGCACCACAACGAGUGUACCAGACGUCAUGGUCUAUGAACAGAAAUACGAAAGUGGGUGAACGAGUUAGUUUUACAUGGAAGUUGCCUGUUGAUUUGGGUUUCAGGUAUCUUAUCAGACUGCAUUUUUGUGAGCUUGACUACGAGGUGAAGGAGAGGGGGCAAAAAGAGUUUAGUAUUCUAAUAAAUAAUCAAAUCGUUGAGCCUAGAGGAGACUUGAUCAGGUGGGGUGGUGAGAUUGGAGUUGCAAUCUAUAAAGAUUACUUGGUGACAGUAAGAGGAGACAGAAUGAUGGGCAAGAAAGAUAUACUUGUAGCUUUGUACCCUGGUAAUGAGGAUCAAUCAACUGAAUUUAUUGAUGCAGUUCUCAAGGGAAUUGAGGUUUUCAAACUGAGUAACCCGGAUGACAAUCUUGCUGGGGUGAAUCCAAUCAUCUCCUAUCCUCGUGCUCCGAUUAACCAUAUACUUAAAAUGCCGAUCCCAACAGGUAGAAAUUACAUUGCAACUCUGGUAAUAAUUGUGAUUACUCUUCUCAAUGUUAUCGUUUAUCAAAUUUGUGAAUGGAGAGAAAAUUUUUGGAGUAAAAACAUUUCGCUAUCACUACCAGAUGAGGAAUUCUGUCGUAGAUUUUCAUUUGGUGAGAUCUUAUCCGCAACCAACAACUUUGAUAAAGAAUUAGAGAUUGGACAUGGGGGCUUCGGUAAGGUCUACAAAGGAGUUAUUGAUCGCAAGACGAAAACAGUUGCAAUUAAAAGGUUAAGUUCUGAAUCUAAGCAGGGAGAGAAAGAAUUUAGGUCAGAAAUUGAUAUUCUUUCCAAGCUUCGACACAAACACCUUGUCUCUCUGAUAGGAUAUUGCAAUGAGGGUCGUGAGAUGAUCCUUAUUUACGAGUACAUGGAACAUGGAACUCUCGCAGAUCACCUUCACAAGAAUAAACGUGAUGGUAGUAGCAAUGGAGAAGUGACUCCUCUUUCUUGGGAGCAAAGGCUCAAUGUAUGCUUGGAUGCCGCUCGCGGGUUAGAUUACCUGCACACCAAUAGUGAACAGGACACGAUACAUAGAGAUGUGAAGAGCGAAAACAUUUUGUUGGAUAGGGAUUGGGUGGCCAAAAUUGCAGACUUCGGCAUAUGCAAAGUGGGAACUACGAGCAAUACUCACACCCAUAUUAGUACCGAAGUAAAGGGGACUUUUGGUUACCUAGAUCCGGAGUAUUACUCUACCCAUAGGCUAACCAAGAAAUCUGAUGUGUAUGCAUUCGGUGUGGUGCUGUGGGAAGCAUUAUGUGGGAGGCCAGCUUUAGAUACUAGAAUAGACGGUGAACAGCGCAGCCUUGUUUUGUGGGUUCAACGCUGCUUCAAGUUAGGAAUAGUUGACGCAAUCAUUGAUUCGAGUUUGAGGGGACAAAUAUCAACUCCUUCCCUCAAAUUGUACCUUGAUCUUGCAAACCAAUGCUUGCAUAACCAGACUAUUGAACGACCUACAAUGGCUGAAGUCACACAUGGUCUUGAAUCUGUAUUGGCUGCUGCUACAUCUCAAGUUGAGGAAGAGGGCACCGAUGUUUCUAGUGACUUUGAUUCAGAUAGAGAAUAUAAUGGUACCGAUGAAAUAGAUCUAAGUAGGAAUUCCCUUCCACUUAGUACAAUCUCUUCCACCUCUUCUCAACCACUGCAAUUGGAUGAUAAUAACAUGCAGCAAAAGAAGAAGAAGACCAAGCUUGGAAAGAUCUUCCAGAAGAAUUUCCAAGCAUUAGUCAGAAGCAUAGAUAUUCGACGGAAAAAGAGCAGUGACAACACCAGUGUUGUGGAAUUGGAGCCUCGUCUAGAGGAUGUGCUUCUACCCUACCGUCGUUUCUCUCUUGAUGAGAUUAGAACGGCAACACACAACUUCAGUAAUGUUAUUAGCAGAGGUGGUUUUGGCAAAUGUUACGAAGGAAUGAUUGAUGAUGGAACCACCCCAGUUAUAAUCAAAAGGAGAAAGCAAGAGGUGGGAGGUUGCGUAAAUGAACUCUUGAUUAUGUCAAGAAUUAAUCAUCGUAACAUAGUCAAUUUCAUUGGGUACUGCUAUGAGGAUGGUGAAAUGUUGAUUGUGCUGGAAUACGUUGAUAAUGGGUCCCUAUAUGAUCAUCUUCAUGAUAAGGAGAAAAAUCCUCUUCCAUGGAAAACGCGGCUGGAGAUAUGCAUCGGUGCUGCUCAGGGAUUACACUACCUGCAUUCUGAGAUGUCGCAACCUGUGAUCCAUCGCGAUAUGAAGUCGGCUAAUAUCCUAAUAGACAGGUACUGGGUCGCAAGGGUUUCAGGCUUUCAGUUGGCAUCUGCUGCAUUGGGUUCCAAUUCCCAUAUCAGCACGGCUGUAUGUGGCACCAUGGGCUUCCUAGACCCAGAGUACUUCAUGACUGCCCGACUUACACUAAAAUCGGAUGUCUACUCUUUUGGUGUGGUCUUGCUGGAGGUACUUUGUGCAAAGAAAUCUAUUGAUAUAUUUGAGGAGGUUGAUAGACAAAACAUAGUCGACUACAUAAGAAACAUCAUCGAAGAUAAUAGAAUAGAUGAGGCCAUGGACCCGUAUCUAGUGGGAAGGAUUGCUCCAGACUGCUUUAUUCAGUACUUGCGGAUUGCAAUGAAUUGUGUGAAAGUUAGGGGAGCUGAUAGGCCAUCAAUGGAGGUAGUGUUGUCGUGCCUCCGUAAAAUGCUAAAGAUUCAAGAGACAUGGCAGUUUGAUGCGUCUCUAGAUCCACCUUCUGGGGCAGCAGUAUCCUUCAUGGAUUCGGAUUCAGAUGAAUGGUUCCGCCUUGCCCUGGGGCGGUCCUACAACAACAUGAUACAUUAUGACAGCGGAGGGGUCCAUUUUUCAGAGAAUGACUAUCUCCCUUUCCCUCAGAAUGAUCUUACCGAUUUCUCUUCUGAUUCGUCCACAACAGAAUAAACUGGCAGGUUCUUGUUUGGUAGGAUGAGUCCAGACUCUUCAUAAUUCAACCAACCUUCCCUUAAAGCUCUUCUGGAACAUGUCUUGAUUAAACGCAAAAAUCAUCUCUCUCUCGUGUGUGCCCUGUGAAGAUUCAGUUUUCCAGUUUCUCUUUUGAGGAUUGCAACUGCUGAGACAUGGGAUUCCACCUCACCACCACCCUCCUUCUGAUUACAAUUGGUAAUCCCAUUUUACUUCUUUUGGAUAUAGUAUACUAUAAAUGUUUUGUUAGAGUCUUCUUGCAUACGUAAUUAUAAUCACACAGAAGUAUGGUGUGUAGUUGGAUACACUUUUGGUAUUUGAAAUUGUAUUUGUAUUUGUAUUUGAGAAACAUUUAUAUAAGGUGAUGGAGAAAGGAUUCAUAACUGUUGUUGUAAAGUGUUUGAAGUGUAUGUGAAAGCUUAUCAUCUCUACAAGACCUCAAA